UCGGCGAUUCGAGAGAGAGAUAGACGGUAUCACAACAGAGGGAGAGAGAGAGAGAGAGAGAGAGAGAUUUCAUGGCCGCGUAGUACGGAAGGCUCUGACCCAUAUUGCAGCUCUACGCAGAGGAGAUACUAGUCUGCUGCUCUCUCCUUUAUCAUUUUCCCUGUCCCGACUCCCGAGAAGCUCUAGUCGUCUAGAGGUAGCGAGCUUGUGCUUCUCUGGCCCUCUUCUGAUCUCUGUCUGUGUCGUCGGAGUGCAGCUUCAUUUGCGACGGAGGAUUCGCAGACGACUUCUGUUCUGCUUAAGCUUAUCGCGAGCUGCACUUUGUCAACCGGGUCCUUUUUUUACGUCCUGUUUGGUGAUUGAGAAAUAGCGGGGAACUUGUUGAAACAUGGUAUAGAGCUUGCUAUUGAGUUGCAACAUGCUGGAGAAACCAGAACCACGUGAACUGUUGAGAAACUUUCAAAUUGAAUCAGAACGGUGAAUCUCUAUGAAGAAGGGAGAAAAAUAACUCAGCAUUCACAGAAAAGUCUUUUGGAACUGAUCCUCAUUUCGGGAAGUCUGCAAAAUGUCAAAGUCCAUCCCUGGAGUGAAAACACCCUGUGUUCUCGUUUUCUUAUUCUUAUGUCUCCUUUCCUCCCGUUCAGUCACAAUAUAUUCUGGCGACAUUCAAUCUUUGGUUGCUCUUAGAAGCUCUCUCGCCCCAAGAAGAAAUAAUAUUCCGAAUUGGUUUGAUCCAACAUUUCCACCAUGCAAUUGGACUGGCAUAAGAUGUGAUGGUCAUAUAGUGGUCGAAAUUGAUUUGUCCUGUACAUUGCUGCCCCUGAAUCUUCCAUUUCCCGACACGGUUGGAGAAUUCAGAAAUCUGAAGUACCUCAACCUUAGUCACUGUGCCUUAAGUGGUUUUAUUCCUGCAAAUAUAUGGGGCUUAGAGAACUUGGAAUCUUUGGACCUGAGUGAUAACAGAUUGUCUGGAAUGCUGCCUCCAACUGUGUCUAACCUGAAAAUUCUCAGAAGACUUGUGCUUGAUAACAAUAAUUUUUUUGGGAGCUUACCAUCGGCAGUUGGCCUCCUUGGCGAACUUAUUGAAUUCUCGGUCCAUUCAAACUCAUUCUCUGGAUAUCUUCCGAAAGAGUUUGGGAAUCUUCAGAAUUUGCUGUCUAUUGACCUUAGCUUGAAUUUAUUCUCUGGAAACCUACCUCCCAGUCUAGGGAAUCUUACAAGACUUCUAUACUUUAAUGCUUGUAAUAACAGUUUCACAGGACCAAUGCCCCCAGAAAUAGGAAACUUACAGAGACUUAAAAAUCUUGAUUUCUCUUGGAACUCACUGGCUGGACCUAUACCAAUAGAGAUUGGCAAAUUGAGUCGUUUAAAUUAUUUGAAUCUCAUGGGCAACAACUUGAAUGGGGCAAUACCGGCAACAAUUGGUAACCUUGGAGAACUGCAGGUGCUUAUUAUUGAUAGCUGUGGACUCGCAGGAAAGAUUCCAGACAAAAUAUCACAGUUGGUUCAGUUGACUUACCUAGCUAUUGGAGAGAACAAUUUUGAGGGAGAACUCCCUGAUGGCAUUGGAAAGCUGACAAAUCUUGUUUUCCUUUUAGCCAAGAAUGCAGGCCUGAGUGGAAGAAUUCCGGGGAGUCUGGGAUACUGCAAAAAGCUAAAGAUCUUAGAUCUAUCUACAAACUCACUCUGGGGUCCCCUACCAGAUGAUCUUAUGGAGCUAGAAUUAAUUGAAUCUUUUGACGUUGAUUCCAAUUACCUGUCCGGCCCCAUUCCCAAUUGGAUUUCCAGCUGGAAGCGGGUAGCCAACAUAGCACUAUAUAAAAAUUUCUUUAAUGGGUCUCUACCGCUGCUUAAUAUGCCAAACCUGAUGACGCUGGAUGUCAGUAGCAACAUGCUCUUUGGCGAGUUAACUGCAGAAAUAUGCAAUGCUAAACCAUUGGCUCGUUUGUCACUGGCAGAAAACAAUUUCACUGGCACUGUUGGUGAGACUUUCAGAAGAUGUUUGAACCUCACAGAUUUGAUAUUGUCUGGAAAUAAUCUCGCUGGUGAAAUUCCUGGUUACUUUGGGGAGCUCAACCUUGCUACACUAGAACUGUCAAAAAACAGGUUUUCUGGAAAGAUUCCGGACCAAUUGUGGGAGUCUAAAACUCUCAUGGGGAUAUUUCUGUCCAACAAUCUGCUCACUGGUCAGAUUCCAGCACUUGCUAAGCUCCAUGCCUUGCAAAGGCUGCAGUUGGACAAUAAUUUCUUUGAAGGGAGUAUCCCAAGUUCCAUUGGCGAACUAAAAAAUCUCACUAAUCUGUCACUGCAUGGGAACCGAUUGACUGGGGGUAUUCCUUUGGAGCUUUUCAACUGUACGAAGUUAGUAUCUCUAGAUCUAGGCGAUAACAGGUUUACAGGCAUGAUUCCAAAAACUAUAUCUCAACUGAAGGUGCUUGACAAUCUAGUUCUAUCAGAUAACAAGUUCUCUGGUCCACUGCCGCAGGAGAUCUGCUCUGGAUUUAAGGAGGUUCCAUUUCCAGAAUCCGAGUAUACCCAGCACUAUGGCAUGCUUGAUCUCUCAUACAAUGAGUUUGUGGGCCCCAUUCCUGCAUCAAUUAAGGAGUGCAUUGUUGUAACACAGCUUCUGUUACAGGGAAAUAAGUUCAAUGGUAGCAUACCUCAUGGGAUUUCAGAUCUGGCAAACCUAACAUUGCUUGAUCUAUCUUCCAAUUCUUUAACAGGGCCUGCUGUACCACAAUUCUUCACGUCGAGAAAUCUUCAGGGACUCAAUCUCUCACAUAACCAGCUGACAGGCUCAAUCCCUGAUAAUUUGGGCUCGAUGAUGCCCAACUUAGCUAAGCUUGACCUAUCAAGCAAUCAGCUCACAGGCACAUUGCCUGCUUCUGUCUUUGCUAUCAGGAGUCUGACAUAUCUAGACAUCAGCACAAAUUUUAUGUUAGGAUCCAUUGUUUUUGAUUUUGGAUCCACCAGCUCUCUGUUGGUUCUAAAUGCCAGUGACAAUCAUUUUUCUGGUACCCUCAGUGAUUCUCUCUCGAAUUUAACAACCCUUUCCAUUAUUGAUCUCCACAACAAUGCUCUCACCGGCCGAUUGCCUAAAUCACUCUCGAAUCUUGGUUCCUUGACAUACCUUGACCUAUCCAAUAACAAUUUUCAAGAGUCUGUUCCUUGCAAUAUUUGUAUGAUUACAGGCAUUGCCUUUGUCAAUUUUUCUGGCAACAAUUUAACAGGCCAUGUGCCAAAAAACUGCACCAUUGAUAGACAAUGCAUGGCGGAUGAGCAAACACAUCCUUCUUCCAGGGAGUAUCGACCAGAACCAGCCUUAACCCGUCCUUGUGUUUGGGGUAUUGUGCUCGGGACUGCAGUUUUCUUCCUGGUCCUGCUCAUUUUCCUCUCCAAAUCGAAGAUGCUGAAGCAAGAAGCAGUAGAUCUUGACAACGGCAAACUUGUGACAGCAGUUGAGACUGAAUCAACUGAUGACCUGCUGUGUAAGAGGUCAAAAGAUCCCUUAAGCAUCAACAUUGCGACAUUUGAGCACUGCCUACUUCGGUUAAACCCUUCAGAUAUUUUAUCAGCUACUGAUAAUUUCAGCAAAACAUAUAUUAUUGGUGAUGGUGGGUUUGGCACAGUUUAUAAAGCGUUUCUACCAGAGGGUCAAACCAUUGCAGUCAAAAGGCUCAAUGGAGGGCACUUGCAUGCUGGUCGAGAGUUCUUUGCCGAGUUGGAGACAAUUGGGAAGGUUAAGCAUGAAAACUUGGUUCCAUUGCUUGGAUACUGUGUCUUUGCGGAUGAAAGGUUUUUAGUUUAUGAAUAUAUGGAGCAUGGAAGCCUUGAUGUUUGGUUGAGGAAUCGGGCAGAUGCAGUUGAAGCUCUGGACUGGCCAACGCGGUUCAAAAUCUGUCUAGGCUCAGCUAGAGGACUUGCCUUUCUGCAUCAUGGGUUUGUGCCACACAUCAUUCAUAGAGACAUCAAGUCGAGCAAUAUCUUGUUAGAUGCCAACUUCGAGCCACGAGUAUCAGAUUUUGGCCUGGCACGAAUAAUCAGUGCAUGUGAGAGCCAUGUUAGCACUGUCCUUGCUGGUACUUUUGGGUACAUACCUCCGGAGUAUGGGCUGACCAUGGUUGCUACAACCAAUGGCGAUGUUUAUAGCUUUGGCGUAGUGAUGCUAGAGCUGGUAACAGGGCGAGAACCAUUAGGUCAGACUGACAUUGAGGGUGGCAAUUUGGUUGGAUGGGUGAGGUGGAUGGUGGCUGCUGGGAGAGUGGAUGAGGCGCUCGAUCCCUACUUUUCCAGUUCAAUGGUGUGGAAGGAUCAGAUGUUGCGUGUGCUGGACAUUGCUCGGUGGUGCACAUGUGAGGAGCCAUCAAGGCGGCCAACCAUGCUUGAGGUAGUGAAGCUGUUAAUCGAGGUUAAGAUGUGAUUCGGGUUGCAUUGAAUAAGAUGACAUUUUUUUUUUCUUGAGGAUGUUGCGCACUGCAGUGCAUUAGUGUUUUAUACUGCCAUGUGUUAUGUAGCUGAUGAUUGUGGGAAAAAUACAUAGUGUCUAUUGAACCAGAGUGGAAGAAAUAGGAAUGGAAAUGCCAUUUGAAUAAACAUUCCUGAAUUUCCUGAAUUAGUUUCAGGGAGUGCCUGCGGGCGGGUGGGAGAGGGUUAUAUGUAUUUUGUAACCUAUAGCAUGACCCAACUGCAAGCAGAGGUCUGUACUCUUGUAUUAAAAUUUCAGUUCUUGCAAGUAAUGAUUGUUGUUGAUGAUGAU